GGGAAUGUAUAAAAGGCUUCAGGGAGACUCACUGGGCUGCAGAGAGAGCACUUUGCACCACAGAUAGCACGAAGGAAAGCCAGAGGGAGUGAGCAAAAGAAGAGUCAGACGCUCCUGGGGAGGGUGAGCGUGAGACAGGCUGGGAGAAGGAGAACAGAAAGUGUGUGUCAAACGGAGUAAAGAAGGGGAAAAAAAACUACCCUUAAAGCACAUUUUAAAAACUCUGGCAACUCAAGAAAGAAACAGGCUACGUUUCUGAACAUAGAGACAAUGAAAAGCUAAAGAAAAUUUUGCAGUCUUUGCCACAGUCUCAUAGGUGCUUGGAAAUGAAAGUAGAACUGCCUGUCUUGAACCGACUCUGAGAGGGAUAACUGGAUUAGGGACGGGUUCGCCAGUUGUGGUGUUUUUUUUUUUCCUUUUUUUUAACAUCUUAAAUUCUGAAAAAAAAAAAAAAAAGAGGCAGCAGCUCCGAAUUGAAUGAAUUGAUGGGCACAAUCCAACUGCUGGGCUGGAGAGACUGGACUUGGUCUUGCCAUUUCUGCUUCUUUGAAAGAGGAGACAGCGUGGGCUUCCUUUUAAUUUCGUUUUUCUCCUUCUCCCCCACCCCCUAGCCUUCCCCUUGACCUUCCCCCACUCCCUCUAUUACCACCCCCCCCUUUUAAAUAAGAGGGUGAAGGUGGACCACAGCGCACAAGGGAAGUGGCUCAGGAGGCAGAGAAGAUGGGCAUCCUCAGCGUAGACUUGCUGAUCACACUGCAAAUUCUGCCAGUUUUUUUCUCCAACUGCCUCUUCCUGGCGCUCUAUGACUCGGUCAUUCUCCUCAAGCACGUGGUGCUGCUCUUGAGCCGCUCCAAGUCCACUCGCGGGGAGUGGAGGCGCAUGCUGACCUCAGAGGGAAUGCGCUGCAUCUGGAAGAGCUUCCUCCUCGAUGCCUACAAACAGGUGAAAUUGGGUGAAGAUGCCCCCAAUUCCAGUGUGGUGCAUGUCUCCAAUUCUGAAGGAGGCGACAACAGUGAAAAUGGCACCCAGGAGAAAACAAUUGAUGGAACCGAGUGCCAUCUUCUUGACUUUGCCAGCUCAGAGCGCCCACUGGUGGUCAACUUUGGCUCAGCCACUUGACCGCCUUUUACUAACCAGCUGCCAGCCUUCAGCAAACUGGUAGAAGAGUUCUCAUCAGUGGCUGACUUCCUGUUGGUCUACAUCGAUGAGGCUCACCCUUCAGAUGGUUGGGCGGUGCCUAAGGAUUCUUCUUUGUCUUUUGAGGUGAAGAAGCACCGGAACCAGGAAGACCGAUGUGCAGCAGCCCACCAGCUUCUGGAGCGUUUCUCCUUGCCGCCCCAGUGCCGAGUUGUGGCUGACCGCAUGGACAAUAACGCCAAUGUAGCUUAUGGGGUAGCCUUUGAGCGUGUGUGUAUUGUGCAGAGACAGAAAAUUGCUUAUCUGGGAGGAAAGGGCCCCUUCUACUACAACCUUCAAGAAGUCCGGCGUUGGCUAGAGAAGAAUUUCAACAAGAGAUGAACUCUAGAUUAGCUGUUGAAAGGUAUGAUUGUAAUAGAGCUCUUUUUUUUUCUUUAAAUACAUGUAAAGGAAAGGAAACUAAGAACUGAAUCCACUAUUUCAACUGAGUCUUAUUGCCUCACUGAAAGACAGGAAUUUCCAUGUCAGAAGAAUAUAAACCUCUAAUAUCUCAAUACUUCUUUCACCACUCAAAUGGCAUUUGGCUAAAUAGUAGCCCCAUUACUUCUAUUUAAAAAACAAACAAACAAAAAAAAACACCAAAAAACCCUGACUGAAAAGAUCCCAAGAUGAAGAGGAAGACACUCUGCUUGAUAUAGCUGAUGUGUGCUUUGGAACCUGAAAAAAAGACUUACCUGAAUAAUUACGAUGUUAGGGAAAAUAUUGUCUUUGUUAGUAUAAGGGAUGUUGCCCUGGCUUUAUUCAGCAUGGAUAGAGCCCAACUAGAAAAUUCCCAAAUAUUUGUUUAUAAUGAGGACUUGAACCCAGGCCAUGUGGCUAGGACCUUGGUGUUUAACAUGAUAGAGUAGUGUCUAAUGUUCUCAUUUCUAGCCAUGCAGUGUAUGCCAGUCUAAAUAGCCCAGAACUCACAGGUGUGUUUUUAGCUGGCAAGAAUGACUCCCACCUGGAGGGUGAGAAUGAUCAUCAGAAAUCUGAGAGUUACUUUCUAGGCAGGUAAGGAAAGCGCUAGAGGAAAAUCAAGUUGACAAGCUAGGAAAAGGAGGCAGACAGAUUAGGAGGCUUCACAGAGCUUCACCUUGAAGCUAUAGAGCAUGGGACUAAUUUGUUAGCCAUAGAAACAUACAUGAAGCCAGAAGAAGCAGCUCAACUAAAAGUAGCAGAGAAUAUACAUAGGAAAUUACCAUAUUUGUCAGUGCUCCUAGGUUGAGGGAGAAAGGGGGGUUCAGAGGGAAAAAAACAUGCUUCAAUAUUUAUAUUUAGAGGUUUUUUUGUGUGUGGAAUAAUUACUUUUUGAAACAUGUUUGUGGUGUGUAUAUUUUCAGUGGGUGAAUUAUACCCCAUGAUACUAAUUAAAGGUAAAACCAGUGGAUCCAUUAGUUCUGGUCUGUCCCUCUCCAUCCCUGCAAUUAAGAUUAUGCCCAACUCAUUCUUGGUCCCAAUCUCUGUAGAAGUGUUCUCUCAAUCUCUCUCUCUCUCUCUCUCUCUCUCUCUCUCUCUCUCUCUCUCUCUCACACACACACACACACACACACACACACUCAUUCCCAGAUGCUGUGGGAAGUAGGUACGCCAACCAUUCAUCUGCAGCACUGUUAUCUUCCCAAAGUAAACUGCAAUGAAUGAUCAGUGCAAACAAAUAAGAUUUCUUCAGUUGUAAAACAGAGGAAGAGAAAGUUAGUUUGAGACAAUUUCCAUCAGUAAUUUUGGAGGCCUUGAUAUAAGGCAAUCCUUAAUAGUAUGGAUUUUGGUAAAAUGGAAUUCCCAUUGACAUUCGAAUUUGGACUUGGGUCUUCCUUUGUUCUUAUUAGCUGAGGUCUAGUAAUCUAAGGCCUCUAUAGCACAUUAAUAUAAUGUGAUUUUAAUAUAUAUAUAUAUGCCAUAUUUCUCUUUAAAAUGAAGACAUUAUAGUUUUACCUAUAAGUAAUAUAAGUGAUAUCUAAAUAUCAUAACCUCUAAAAGAAUAGACCUAAUUUUAUAUCAUAUUUUUUUUGUAAAUUUAAGGAUACUAUCAAAUCACAGUACAUGGUUGUAUUUAUAUGUACAAUCAAAGGUUCUUAUGACCAUUCCACUAAUAAAAAAUCAUAAAAUAAAACUAAUAGAAAAAGAUGUCUAAAGUUGAUAAUAUCUUCCUGAACUAGUUGCCUGAAAUGAAAAAAAAAGUGAGAACUGAGUGUGUAAGAACCAAAACUCUAUUUUUUUAGAAACUAGAGCAACAUAGUCAUAUCAGUAGUUAGUUUAUUUAGAUUUUAAAGCACCAUUUUAACUGAUUCUUUUACAGCAAGAUUUAAGCUUCUGUGUCUUAAAUUCUACAAAACACACCCACAAAAAAACAAAGCAGGUUUUAAAAAUGUGACAUCAUCUAACGAAUUUCUGGAAAAUCACAUAGAGAGUAAAUUAUUUCAGAGUCCUCAAUUGUUAAACUAUAACUCAAGGCUUAUCAGUGGGCCCCACUGAUUUUUAUCUUCAAAAUGGUGUUGAGAUUUAUGUGGUAUAUAGAUGAACAAUUGGUUGCAGUACACUCACACUGUCGUCCUUUAACUUCCCCUUUGUUCUACAUGUACAAUGAUGGAACAGGAUGUUAGAGAAGCUGGUGGGGGGAUGAGACUUGGCUAAGGCAGUCAGCGCUAGUCGUCUGGGGAAAAGGAUGGUGAAAAAUCACCGAGCUGUGAUAUAUUUUUAAAGAAAGAGAAAGUUGUGUGCAUGCAGUUCCUCUCCUUGAGGAUCGUCCGAUGGAGAAAUGAAGCAGUGGAAAUAGACAUACAAAGGCAUAGACUGAAUAUCAGGGAAAAAGAUGUUCAAUCGAACAUAGAAGAAUCACUGGAAGAAAGGCUGUGAGGGGCCACUGGAGAAAGUGGAUUGACAAAGCUCAGGAAUCCUACAAUAUUUAGAAUGGCUUGGUGUUGUCAGAAUGAUGAUAAGCCUGUAAUUACGUAACCUAUUUAUCUCAACAUAAACUUUUAUGAUGUCCUGUGAUGUAUCUUUUAUGAACUUAACAAAACUCAUUAUUUGAGAUAGAGGGGAAUUGAUGCUUGGCUGAUAUGCUCUGAGUCAUUAUUAGAUUGUCAAUACCUACCCACCCUAUCCUGUCUUUUAUAAAGUAUAUUCCUUUGAGGAAUUGUAGUUCUUAUUCUCACAA